AUGGCUACGUAUCGCGACAUACGUCGGCUUACACGCCAGAAACAGCACGCGGCAAAAAAUGUAACUCGACGUUGUCCCGUCGCACCAUAACGCGCCUACCCUCGCCAGCUGGCGGGCUGGCCGUCCGCGGCCGCCCCCAUCGCGUAUCGCACGACCAACCACUCGCGCGUUGAUCGCAUGCCAGGCCACGGCACGCUAUUGGCCUUCCGCCGCAGCGCACCAUUUAUCAUCACCGCGCUUCAAACCGUUGUGUCGCAGGCCGCACAGACAACAUAUCACCCCACCGCGCGGAUCGGCUCGCCACUUCCGAUCGUGGCUUCGAAGAGUCGCGCCGAGACCAGCCGCACCACGCCCAAACAGCAAAAUACUUUCGAUACAAGAGACCCAAAUUCCGCACCUGUCAGGUCGGCUUCCUGGCAGCGCCACCACAUUAAUGUGAUAGCGUGCCAUAUCAAAGAAGACGCGCGCAACGCCUGA